AAAGAUCAGAAGGUGCAUAACAUCCGUUUCCUCUCUCUCUCUCUCUCUUUGUGUAUGUGUGUGUGUGUGUGUGCCUUCCUCGAUGACAAAACAAUAGAAGGCAAGGAAAGGCAAGGUAAGCUCGCGCUACCUGACCAUCUGGGAUGUGCCCCGUCAUGGGGAUGAUUAAUAAUAGCCAACUAUGGGUAUGUAUAUGCGUGUAGACAUACUACACACCGCAAAUUAACCGCGCGACAGGGACAUGGGGAGCAAGGAGGUGGCACUAUUUAUUCGAUAAUGGGGACUGCGGAAAGAUCCUUCUUCUCCUUAUGUAUGUAUGUGUGUGUGUUGUGUGUGUUCUUCGGUUACCUCCCGGUCCAGUGGAAACCCGACCGUUUUACUGUUGGAGUAGAAGUGUUACCGGUAGCCUGGUACUCACGAGCUGACCGCAGGGGUCUUUUUUCUUUCUUUCUUUCCUCCCUUUCUUUCGUAGUUGUAUUUUUUUUGCUUCUUGUUUUAUAUUAGGUACCUUGGGUAUAUAUGUACAUACAUACAUACUAUGUACAUCACAUUACACGAGGGGACUGGGACUAUUAUAGAGAUGAUCUACGUACAUAUAUGCUACCUGGCUACGUACGUGAUGAGACAGCCAUGCGAGGUCGAGAUAGAGUGGCGACCAGGGUUUGUUUGGUGUAUGGUGGUGUAGUGUAAGUUGGGGGCGUGAUCCGCGGUGCUGUCAGUGGUCUGUCUACGUGGACUUGUAAGUAUGUAUUCAUUCGUUGCAUCAUUGUACGUAUAAUCAGGGCGAACCUAUUCAUAUACUCGGAUACGUAUCCAACUAGAUACUGUCAUGUAACGUCAAUAUUCCUAGGUCGCCGAUGAGAUGCAAGAUCCGCUUGCUGGAGAUUGUCCUACGUAUCAUACCGCUGGGGGCGUGUUAUAUUGGUUUUGUAAGUUUUAUUUUACCUUAGCUAUCCACAUACGGGGAGACCGUUCCGAGACAAAAAAAAAAAGCAUCCGCUGAAGAGACAGGCUUGAGAGACAUCGGUUUUACUUUAUUACUAAUAAUUAACUACUGCUUAUUCGUAAAUAAGGAGAGUUAGAUUUCCUACGAGAUUGGAAGAAAAGGGGGAAAAAUACCUUAGGUACCUGUAAACAGGUAGCAAUAAAGAGAGAAAAGGAAAAAAAA